CCCAACGGAACAAGAAAACAAAUUGAGAGAGGACGCGAGGAGCGCGCGUGCGCGGCGGCGUGAGCUAACAUGGGUAACUGCCAGGCGGUGGACGCGGCGACGGUGGUGAUCCAGCACCAGGGCGGCGGCCGCACGGAGCUGCUCUACUGGGCGCUCCCGGCGGGGGAGGUCAUGGCGAACAACCCGGGCCACUACGUCGCCGCCGUGAUCACCGUGCCGCAGACCCCCGCCGCCGCCGGCGCCACCUCAACGAAGGGCGGGGCCACGGUGGCCGCGGCGGCUCCCGUGAAGCACCUCAAGCUGCUCCGGCCCGACGACACGCUCCAGCUCGGCCGCGUCUACCGCCUCGUCAGCUUCGAAGAGGUGCUGAAGGAGUUCGCGACGAAGCGGCAUGUCAAGCUCAGCCGCGUCAUGGUCAAGGCCAAGGACGAGCACGAGGAGGUGGCGCAGAAGCCGGCCAAGCCUCGCCGCCGGCGAGGCACCAGCGGCGGCGGCGCGCGCGAGGAGUCCGACCGAUCACUCGCGAAGGUCAUGCGCCAGUCGGAGCAGCAGGAGGACGCCACAGCCACAGCUGCAGCUGCGCCGAAGACGGGAAGCGACGCGGCGUCGGAGCCUGCCGUCGACGAGGACGACUGCGACCUGGAGUCGCUGCUGCCGCACGGCUUGGCGCUCGGCCGGCGGAUGGGCCGGCAGUGGAAGCCCGCCCUCCAAAGCAUCGCCGAAGGGCGAGACUGACGGCCGGCGGCGAGGCUGAUCGGCGGAGUACACGGACACGGACAG